GUAGGAUCCAUGUGACUCCCUUCUUGUUACCUGUCCUCAGCACCCAGUGGGUGUGACCUGGGGUGCAAGCAGUCGUUGCAGAGGUUACUGUGAUUUUGCCCCUGGAGACCUGUCCACAACUCAGGAGGGACUGCGGAACUCACACAGCUCUUGGCCUGAGCCCCUGUUACCAAGCGAAAGGAGGCUUUAGCCAAGGACUCUGAGGGGAGAUAAAUGCUGGGAGUGGAUGCAACUCUGGUCGGGACCCAAGCACCCAGCCCUCCCCGAGACAUUGUUUGAACUGGGCCAGGCCACCAGACACAGCCCCUCCCGCCCGCCCCAGCCAGGGUGGUGCUUGUGUGGGAAGGACUUUAACUCCAGCUGCCAGACCCCUGAACGGGAGAGGCAGAGAGGACUGGCCAACAUGCACAACUUCCGCAGCCUCCUGGCCCGUCUGCUGCUGCCGCUGCUACUGCUGGGGGCUGCCAUGGGCCCUGCCGGAGCCCUCAGUGAUGAUGAAAAACACGUGAUGGUGGAGCUGCACAAUCUCUACCGAUCCCAGGUGUCCCCACCGGCCGCCAACAUGCUGCAAAUGAGGUGGGACGAGGAGCUGGCCGCCUUCGCCAAGGCCUAUGCGCAGCAGUGCGUGUGGGGCCACAACAAGGAGCGCGGGCGUCGCGGCGAGAACCUGUUCGCCAUCACGGACGAGGGCCUGGACGUGCCGCUGGCCAUGGAGGAGUGGCACCACGAGCGCGAGCACUACAACCUCAGCGCCGCCACCUGCGCCACAGGCCAGAUGUGCGGCCACUACACGCAGGUGGUCUGGGCCAAGACAGAGAGGAUUGGUUGUGGUGCCCACUUCUGUGAGAAGCUCCAGGGCGUUGAGGAGACCGAUAUCCACUUGCUGGUUUGCAACUAUGAGCCCCCGGGGAACGUGAAGGGGCAGAGGCCCUACCAGGAGGGAACUCCAUGCUCCCAAUGUCCCUUGGGCUACCACUGUGAAAACUCCCUGUGUGAACCCAUCAGAGGCCCGGAAGAGGCUCAGGAUUUGCCUUACCUAGUAACUGAGGCCCCAUCUUCCCUGGCAACAGAAGCCUCAGGCUCUAGGAAAGAGGGUAUCACUUCUUCCUUAGCAACGGAAACUCCAUCCUUCUUGGUAACAGAGGUCUCAGGCUCCCUGGCAACAAACGCUCUACCUGCUGUAGAAACCAAGGCCCCAUCUUCCUUAGUAACAGAAGACUCCCCUUCCAUGGCAACAGAGGCUCCACCUUCCUUAGCAACUGAGGUCCCUUCCUUUUUGGCAACUCACAGCCUACUCUAUUUGGAUGAGAGACCGGCUACCCUCCCCAAAUCAACCCAUGAUCCUACCCCCAAAUCAGCAGAUAAAGAGGCCAGCAGUACAAGAAUGCCCUCCAGGAGCCCAGAGAGUUCUCUGCAGCCCAAGAUGUCCUUGACGGGGACAUGGGAGCCGCUACCCCACACCCAGGAGGAGGGCGAGGCUGAGGCCGAGUCGCCUCAUUCCAGUGAGAUCUUGGCCUCAGUUUUUCCAGCGCAGGACAAGCCAGGUGAGCUGCAGGCCACACUGGAGCACAAGGGACACACCUUCUCCAAGUCCCUGUCCAACUCCCCCAGUGCCUCUGCCACCGCUAAUGCCAUGGGUGGGCGUACCCUGGCCCUGCAGUCCUCCUUGCCAGGUGCAGAGGGCCCUGAAAAGCAUGGCAUCAAGUCAGGGUUGAACUCGAGCCCUGGGCACGGCUGGGGCCUCCUCCUGGGAAUGCUGCUACUGCCUCCCCUGGUGCUGGCUGGAAUCUUCUGAAGGGGUCACCACUCAAAGGCAAGGCCUCAUGGGGGGGACCCUAGCCUCAUGCCCACUCUGGAUUGUCUUUCUCCAGUAAGAGACCACAGCUUCCUGGAAGGUCCUCUCUGUGGCCCAGCAGCCCCCUUCACCCCAGCCAGACUCCAGGCCAGAGGCCUUGUGCCCUCAGGAGGCCUCGACAGGGACAAUCCUUGGCACUGCCCCAGGAUGCCUCUGCCUUUGGGGAGGUCCACCCCUCAGCCAGCUGCAGAUUGUUCUGAGCAGUGUUCCUGUGGCCUAUGCCCACUCUCCAGCUGUCCUGUGGCCACAGUCCUGCUCUUCCAGGGACAGAAGAUCGCAGGGCUUCCCAGGAACCCCUCAGCCCCUUCCAGUCCCCUGGCCUCUUCCUUGAGCCAUUGGAGUCUAAGGCUGUUCCCAGGAGUGCUUCCUGCCUUCCCAGGGUGAAGAGGUCAGCUGUCCUCCUGCCACCUCCCCCACCCUGUCCCCAGCCCGCCAAACAAGACGUUUCUUGGCUGAAGUCCCUCUGGAAGGGAAAGGCUGCAGGGCAUGUGCCUCAUCCACAGACAUCUUUGCGGGCAUGGGGCCUGGCCACUGCGAGCUCAGGUUGCUGCCCACUGACUGCAUGUGUCUGGACCCCUUCUGUUCCUCCCAUCUCAGUCUGGGGGGGGGCGGUGAGUGAGGACUCUGGGGAGGUCCCUGCCUGCCUGGCCUUAGGUUGUCUGCCUGGGCAAGGUAAAGGUUCUCCCUGAGUAUCCGGUCCCCUAACUUUCCUGUUUAGCAGGCAGCGGGUGUUGUGAGGGGCAGAUGAAGGACAAGCCCCAUCUGAGAGGAGUUCUAUGGGUGGGGCAGGCAGGGACCAGGGAAGGGAGGCAGCCCCUGACUCCUGAAUAAAAGCCUGUGUAAGAGGACCAGUCGCCAUGCUUGUGAGCAACAAAGGGGGCAAGGGAGGGCUCUUGGGCGGGGGGCCCUGAGAGGCUCACCUCUUCCCCUACUGACUCAUGGCAACUGUUCCUUCUUCACACGCCCUCUCCCCCAAACAUUCCAUUUAGCUCUUUGAGGCACUUUUCCUUUCCUUCCUAACCCCCGACCCCAAAUCUUCAGGUAGCCGGCGGAAAGGGGCUAGGGCCAAGGGUUGGCGAAGGGUGCUGGGCUGACUCUCCCAGCUCUGGGAGUCACUAGUGAAGCCUAGCUGGGUUCGUGACCCAGGAUCAAGGAGUGGCAUACGACCUCUUCACAGGGGUCCUGCUGCCCACGCCCACCCAGGACACAAGGUCUGAAAUGUACCUCAGCAUGGUUUUUCCAACCCUUGGUGCUUAGAGGAGUCCUGAGAAAGGGCUCUGGAGUCCCAGACACCCUCCAGGGAAGCACAGGAUUGUCCCGAAGUGCUGUGGAGCAGGAAAGCACAAGUGUGUGAGUAGGGAUAGCAAUGGUAGGUGAUGAGGGCAGCCUGGGACCCAGCUGGGGCUGGUGGGGAGGGGCAGCUAAACAGGAAGCAUACAAAUCAGUCCAGGGCUGAAGGCUGUGUGUGUGUGUAUGAGAUGAUAGAAUGUAUCUCCAUUAAGGUAUAACUCAUAUAACUUAAGAUUCACUCAUUUAAAGUGUACCGCUCAGUGGUUUUUAGUAUAUUCACAGGGUUGUGCAACCAUCACCACAAUUUGGGAACAUUUUUAUCACCCCAAAGAGAAACCCCACACCCCUCAGCAGUCACUUCCCAUUUUCCCUCCACGCCCCCCAGCCCUUGCCCUAAGCGAUCACUAAUCUAUUGUCUCUAUGGGUUUGUCUAUUCUGACUUUUUUUUUUGUGGUACGCAGGCCUCUCACUGUUGUGGCCUCUCCCGUUGCGGAGCACAGGCUCCGGACGCGCAGGCUCAGCGGCCAUGGCUCACGGGCCCAGCCGCUCCGCGGCAUGUGGGAUCUUCCCAGACCGGGGCACGAACCCGUGUCCCCUGCAUCGGCAGGCGGACUCUCAGCCACUGCGCCACCAAGGAAGCCCUAUUCCGACAUUUUAUAUAAAUAGAAUCAUACAAUAUGUGGCCUUUUGUGUCUGGCUUCUUUCACUUAGCAUAUUUUCAGGUUCAUCCAUGUUGUAACAUGAGAUAGUACUUUAUUCCUUUUUACUACCAAGUAAUAUUCCUUUGCAUGGAAUAUAUUUUAUUUAUCCAUUUAUCAAUUGUUGGGCACUUGGCUUGUUUCCACAUUUUGGCUAUUAUAAAUAAUGCUGCUACCAACAUUCAUGUAAAAGUUUUUGUAUGGCAAUGUCUUCAUUUCUCUUGGGUACAUACUAGGAGUGGUAUCAUUUGGCUACUCUGAUCAUAUAGUAACUCUAUGUUUAACUUUUUCAGGAACUGCCAGACUACUUUCCAAAGUGGCUGCACUAUUUUACAUUCCCACCAGCAAUGUACAAGGGUUUCAAUUUCUCCACACUACCAACACUUGUUACUGUCUUUUUCGAUUAUAGUCAUUCUAGUGAGUGUGAAGUAGUAUCUUGCUGUGGUUUUGACGUUCAUUUCCCUGAUGGCUAAUGAUGUUGAGCAUCUCUCCACGUGCUUAGUGGCCAUCUGUAUAUCUUCUUUGGAGAAAUAUCUACUCAAGUCUUUUGCCCAUUUUUUAAUUGGGGUAUUUGUCUUUUUAUUAUUGAGUUGUAGGAAUUCUUUACAUAUUCUAGAUACAAGUCCCUUAUCAGAUAUAUGAUUUGCAAACAUUUUCUCUCAUUCUGUGGGUUGUCUUUUCAAUUUUUCUUGAUAUCCUUCAAACCCAAAAGCUGUUAAUUUUGAGGACUUCCGACUUAUUUUUUUCUUUUGCUGCUUGUGCUUUUCGUGUUACAUCUAAGAAACCAUUGCCUAAUCCAACGUCAUGAAGAUUUAUACCUGUGUUUUAAAAUUUUUACGUUAAUUGUGUGAAUUAAAGUGUGAAUGUUUCUUUCUGGACUCCCAAUCAUAUUCCAUUGAUUUAUGUAUCUAUCUUUAUGCUAAUGCCACACCAUCUUGAUUACUGUAGCAUUGUAGUUAAGUUUUGAAAUUGGGAAGUGCAAGUCCUUCAACUUUGUUUUUUUUCAAGACUGUGAAUUUCCAGUCUUUUUUCAAGACCCUUGAACUUCCAUAUAAAUUUUAGGAUCAGCUUGUCAAAUUUCUGCAAAGAAGUCAGCUGAGAUUUUGGGGAUUAUGUAAUCCACCAUUUUAGCAAUGUUAAGGCUUCCGAUCCAUGAACAUGGGAUGUCUUUCCACUUAUUUAGGUCUUCUUUACUUUCUUUCAACAAUGUGUUAUAAUUUUCAAAAUAUAAGUUUUGUAAUUCUUUUAUUAAAUUUGUAUUUUAUUAAUUUUUACGCUAUUGUAAAUGAAAUUGUUUCACUAA